AUGGCAGAACAAAGCAUUAAGUCGCUCUUCAACUCUGCUGAAAGUCAGAGAAAGGCUAUCGAGUCCUCUUGGGACAGCAAUACAGCGGAGUAUCAACAGAACCUCUUCGCCGCCAUCGAAACAUAUUCCGAAUGUCUGAAGGUCGCCGAUCGACUGUCACUCUUCAGUCCAAAUGAGACGCUCGAAGAUCUAGUCUCUGGUGAUCUCCAAUACCUCCUCAUCAACUACCAUCUCGCCGGGUUAAUCCUACGAGUUUCCAGCCAAGACCGCAAAUCUACCCUCCAAACUGCUCGAACUCUUUACGAAAAAUACCUUGGACAGCUGGAUCAAUAUGGAAUACUCAACGAACAAGAUAAGAAGCUGUAUGAUAGGUAUUUAGAAGAGCCUAGUUCCUUUUCUACGAUCGCCACAUCAGAUCCAAAUGCGCGGCGGAAUACCAAAAUUGCAAACUUUAAGCAGGAAAAGGAACUCAAAAAGAAGCUCGAGUUUCUCGCUCAAAACCCAGCCUAUCUUGAAAAUGACGAAGACGCUGUCCGUGAACUCCAACUUACGAAUAUAAAUCUUUGCACUCACUCCACUUUCCAAUCCCUCGAAUCAUUAAAUCUCGAGGUUGAGAUUCUAGCCAUGGCCCCUCCGACUCCGCCUACGGGCCCCGAACAGCUUGAGCGAGAUUACCGCGAACGGAUGGGCAUACGAGGAAAAGAUGCGGACUAUUCCGACAAGCUCGAUCGUCGAAAUGUCUUAUCAUCAGCUAAUAAAGGCCCAAUUCUGAGCUCAGCGGGAAAGCCACUUAGACCUUUCACAUUACUGGAAAGUAGGCAAACGAUUAAGGACGGGGUGUUCAAAGCUGGCCAUAAUCUGCCGACGAUGACUAUCGAUGAGUACUUAGAAGAAGAAAGAGCAAGAGGUGGCAUUAUCGAGGGCGGUGGGGAAGCGAGUGGGAGGUCACCUACACCGGAUGAGGAUAAUUAUGUAAAGGGGGACGAGGAGACUUUGAAGGCUCGAGAGUGGGAUGAAUAUGUCGAGCAGAAUCCGAAGGGCUCUGGAAAUACCUUAAAUAGGGGUUGA